GAAUUCUCUCAGCCACCGAUCUGCCACAGCGGCAGAGCUUCAGCCACACCCGCGACAUUUGCCCACUGAAAACGACGUUGUAUUUCAAUAUUGGAUCACAGGAUAUCUGAGGGAUAGGUGGAGUAGUUGAUAUGGUCAAGGCGCAUAUACCAAAGGCGCCACAGGGUGGGAAGGACACAACUACCACUAAGAAGAAGACCUCUUCCAAGAAGAAAUCUAUUGAAGCAGGGGCAUGGCCAUGUAAGAUGGCUGGAUGCUCGAAAGUCUUUGCUCGCGAAGCGGACUUGAAGAGGCAUCAGCGCACUACCAAGCUACAUACGGCUCCGGGCUUUCAAUGUCCGCAAUGUGACGCAACUUUUACCAGGACCGACGCUUUACGACGUCAUCAGAAGUCAAGGCAUAAUGGUGUAGUCAUCGAAACCCAAGAUGCGAGCCGAAGCAAUCAGGAGCCUGCGGAAGGCGAAGCUGGUCCUUCAGGCUCACAAAGUUCUAGUCGCAGUGGUUCGCCUGCUGGUAGUAAUGACGAUCGUGCAAGCGACGAAUCAAACUCCUCUCCCGUUGCCUCAACAAGCAAUCUUGCCUCCGGACCAUCAAGUUACUAUCGCCCGCAUACGAUGCAUAUAGGUUAUCCACCUCGACCACCACCGAUGAUGAUCGACCCUAAUUACCCACCACCAGUCGCAAUACCUACCUCAGCAGCACGCUUGCAGCAUCCUGGUUGGCAUCCACCACCAGCUGGUUGGGCAUCCGAUGGAACACCAUUACCGCCAGGACCAGUGUACUCAAUGUCUCCGUAUUACCCACAACCUUCGCCUUAUUACCGUCACCACGUCAUGCCCUCGAUGCCUCAUCCCAUGCAUCCGAGCAUGUAUCCCGAGUAUGUGACGCACCACUAUCCACCUCCGAUGCACUCCGGGGGUCCUAUGCCUUAUGGAAUACCUCAUCCGCCGCUAUCUGCUGUGACUGGUGUUGCUCCUCCACCUCCACAAUCUGAUGGUGGUUCUAGUACACGGUCUAGUCCAUCCCGUACAGACGAGGGCGGGCCAGAAGAAGAUACGACGAAUCAUCCAACAUCUGGUGAUGCAUUUGCGACCUCUCAGUCGAAUGGUCUUGUCCAGAAGGAUGUCGUAGAUGCGACACCUUCCGAGUCUUCUACGGAUAACAUGAAUCAGACAGCUGCCAACAUACUAGAAGCAACUGUCAAGGCGUUGCUUCAGAAGGGGGCGGAGCAGGUGUCGAACCCUCCAGCUGAUGGUUCUCUACAACGUUUAUCUCAUCAGGAAGCGACGUCCAUGUUGGAAGCGUCAAUGAAGACAGCGAAGGGUAUUGAACAAGAGCCACAACCGCCAGAACCGGACUCUUCAAAUAGUGUCGGUGAUGGCGGACUUGGCGACCAGGAUGCUGAAGGAGAGGCCGACACUGACACCAUUCCGAAUGAGGGCGUCAGUGUCAGCAUGGCUGCCUUGCCUUUGCAAACGAAUGUCAUCUGGGCGUCAACCAGUAUCAAUCCAGAGGCAAAUGUUAUUCCUACACCCGCCGCGUCAUGACAAGCCUUGGCCGUCCGCUUUUACUUUCUGUAGACGUCGACCAUGCCACUGGACUUAAUAGUAGUACACACAACGCACUCCUCAUCGUUCCUUUAUAAUCUAUGUAUUCAUUUAUAAUGCUAUCAAUCUUUAUACUUUUGGCCGGCCUUAAUAGCAGAUAUACAUGAAAAUUGAAAGAAAAUUGAAAGCUGAUU